UAUUCAUACUUAAACAGAAAGCUAUAGGGAUUUAUCUUGUGUUCUUUCGCAAGCUUAAGCCAAUGUGUGCAUGCGUAGAGAUAAGGAAACCAAUUUUACCAUCAAGUUUUCAAAUGUUUCUUUAGAGCUCGAUGGUUUGGUUCAUUCUUAUUUGGCUUUCUCUAAAACCAAAGAGGCUUUGUAUGCUGCCACGGAAGCGAUGGCAAUGCCUCAAUCUCAAUCUGCCAAGGCGCUUUUUGCUUUGGCCGAGCUCCAUGUUUUUGAAGGUCAAAAUGGAGAUGCUGUGUCUCUGCUUGAACGAUAUCUCAAGGAUUGGGUUGACGACUCCCUUCACGUUAAACUUGCACAAGUAUUUGCUGCCACAAAUAUGCUUCAAGAUGCUCUGUCACAUUAUCAGGCUGCAUUGAGGUUAGUUCGUUCUGCCACUGGUUCUGCAAUGUUCUCAACUUUGGAAGACGGAAAGAUAGUGGAAGGUCUUGCUGGGGUUCCAAAUGAAGGGAGAAGAAUACAAGUUAUUUUGGCUUGAUCAGCAAGAAUUUGUUAGAAUGGCAGCACGGAUUGGGGCUACAAUUGUACCAUUUGGAGUUGUUGGAGAAGAUGAUAUAGCAGAAGGAUGAGUCAAGUGGGGAGGUUGGCAGCCAAGCUAGAGCUCUUUGUGCCAGGACUUUUGCCCAAGAUACCUGGGCGCUUCUACUAUCUGUUUGGGAAGCCCAUAGAAACAAAGGGAAGGGAAGAGAUCCUGAAGGACAAAGAAGUUGCAAAGGAACUGUACUUGCAGGUAAAAUCUGAGGUUGAAAGCAGUACUGCAUUCUUGCUUAAGAAGCGUAAGGAGGAUCCUUAUAGGAGUGUUAUUGAUAGAACACUAUAUAAGGCAUUACAUGCUCGAUCCUUC